GCUUAGACAUGGAUAAGGUCCCUCCACUGGAUUCUUGCACUGGCCCGCUGUGGGAUUCUGUGAAAAUAAAAAGCAGCAUGGACCUAGAUGGGAUUGUUCCUGUUGUGAAUGUGGGUUGGAAACUACAAGCUGAUGCGUCCAUUUCCAUAAUUCUAGGCUCAGAGAUAAAGGUUAUAGAUGAAAAUACCAAUCAAAGUGUCUGCGUUCAGUUUCGUUUCUCCAUUAAAAAUGUACUGAACCCAAACUACGAAAAGUGGAACUUCUCCUUGGAUGUUGUUGUAGAGCCUGAGCAUACAUACACCUUAGAAGUGUUUAAUUUUCCUGAGUCUGAGAAGGGACAUCAUAGGAUCACAGGAAACAUUACUGUACCAGGUAGUCUGUGGGAUCCCAAAAUAACGGCUGUUGCCUCUGAGAAUAAAAAUAUGGUUUUUGUGGGAUUUAACUCAUCGGAGUAUUCAGAGAGAUACCAAGUUCUCAUCCAGAGUGGCAAUCGGAAUUGUUCUGAGUGGGUGUCCAAGAUCCAGCCAGUUUUUAUUCGCUGCAAGACAAACUGUAAAACAGUGAGGAAAAGUGUUCAAUUGUGGCAAACGCAGGAACGCAGCUGGUCUUUUCAGAUAUCUAUUGGACUGCUGCUGAUCUUCGUUUGCUUUCUUGUUUACCUACUGCACAAAGCAUCUCAUGAAGGAUCUCAAACUACACCUACGUCUGCUGACAAUCAACAGCCAGAGAUUUUUCAGGUCCAAGAGAGAAAACGUGUCCUGAUCCUUUACUCCCUCGACCACCUGUUAUAUAAGAACAUUGUUCUGAAGUUUUCUGCCUUCCUUGCUGCCAAAUGUGGCACAGAUGUGAUUCUGGACCUGCUGGAUUUAACCAGAUUGGGAGUACUGGGGAGCAUCCAGUGGCUCGAGUGGCACAAGGAGCGAAUAGAGAGCUCUUCAGAUAAGAUAUUAAUUCUUUGCUCCCAAGGAGUACAGGUUAAAUGGAGAGCUAUGUGUGGAGGCCAGCAGGUUUUUUUAAAAGAAGAUGCCCUCUCGCCUGUUGGUGACACGCUCACGCCUUCCCUCACUCUCUUGGUGCCUCAUUUUAUCCGGGCUGCAUCAUUUGAAAAGUAUAUUGUUGCUUAUUUUGAUGAUGUUUGUUCUGAGGAAGAUAUUCCUUUGCCUUUCAAGAUUACAGUUCGCUACAAGCUGAUGAAACAGUUUGAGGAGGUGUUCUUCCGAAUCCUGAACACAGAAAAACAUGAACCAGGCCGUGUCAAGCGAAUCGAUGGACUCUCGGAGGACACAUACCACGAGUGCCCCUCAGGAAGGGCCCUUAGAGAUGCUAUAGAGGCUUUCCGUAGGUAUCAAUCUGAGCACCCAGACUGGUUCCAGGAGGAGUUACUGGAAGGCCCAGAGCUGGAAGAUGAUGAGGCCAGAAAUGAAAACAAUAUUUCAAAAACAGACCAAGUAAAAUAUUGUUUGCUUAAUUCAGUCCAAAUUAUCAGUGACAUGAAGUUUCAAGACAGUAUUAUGACAGUAAAGAAAACAAUGGUUCAACUGACUGAACCCCAUCAGAUGUGCUCAACCCUGGAGUUCAACUCUCACACUGAAGGGAUUCAGCUGCUAUAGUAACAAGUUAUUUUCCAUCAUUAUUAUCAAUAUUUUAAUCCCAGCUUGAUUCAAAGAGGCAAUCCACAGAAGAUGGUAAAGAUUAAGAUGAAAGAGAUUAAGAUGAUGGUCAGGCUUUGUGGUAUAGGUGUGCGAUACUGGGAAUUUAGGAUAUUGAUCUGAUGCCAAGUAGAUACAGGGCAAGUAUCACCAAUACCAAUGCUUUUUAUUAUUUAACUUUUAUAAGACCUCAAACGUGUGACGUUUUGGUGUUUAUUUUGUUUUUUCUUUUUCUCAUAUUGUGGAAUUUUCAUAAAAGAGAG